AGCCCAGCUGAAAGAGAAGUCACCAUGCGUCUGAUUAUUGCGCUAUCCCUGGUCGUCCUGGCCACUUUCGUUGUCCAGUCAACGCAGGCAGCUGCCGCCGCCUCUGACACUGAUACGACCUCUGGCUCUGAUACGACCUCUGACACUGAUACCACGGCCACCACUACCUCCACCACGGUCGCCCCCACAACCACAACCACAACCGCAUCCACAACCACCACCACCACCACCGAGGAGUCGAAGAAGAGGCGUCGCCGGUGGCACCGCAGGAGGCGCGGGGGGAGGGAGAUCAUCAUUGUCCGCAGGGGGGGACGACGCGGCGAAAGGGAAGGUAGGCGCUUCAGAGAUCGCGAUUCCGAUGACGAUCGUGAGGAUAGACGCUACCGUGUCCGUGAGCGCCGCUUCAGACGUUUCUAAUCAUAAUACCUAAAAACAUGCAAUGCUUUUCCAUGAAAAAUAAAGUUCGACCUUUGAAAAAAA